GAGCCGAAUGAGGGCGCGCGGAGCAUUUCGUCCGUUUUUGGCGUCUUCCAAACACCGAGCGGCCGGAGCGGCGUUGAACUGGACUGGGAAUAUAAUAAACAAACAAAAAUCACCCUCACUGUCGGCAGCAUGAAGUGGCCUGAGACUCUUGUUCUUCUGAUUGGACUGGACGUUCUCUCUCAUCAGAAAGUAGAUUGUUCGAUGAAUGAAGAAGAAUCUAUGUGUAUUAUUGAAAAAAUUAGUGACAGCAGUGUUUGCAGAGGUGAGCUCCUUGUGAUUUAUCCAGGUUUGGGAAAUGCAGCCUGCGCUGUCAUCCCAAGAUGUCGCCAGUUCCGAAGACUGCUGAGCGAAGAAUGGGGAGAACCACGUGUUAAAUUUGUUCAAGCUAAGCAGGACAAGAACUACAUCUUGAUAAUGGUGGAUCCUGAUGCCCCUAGCAAGAAAAAUCCUAAAUACCGUUUCUGGAGACAUUGGUUGGUGACCAACAUCUCUGGUAAAGAUCUACGGGUUGGAAUGAUUCACGGCACAGUACUCUCAGAGUACAGGCCACCCACCCCACCAUCUGGUACAGGGUACCACCGCUACCAGUUCUGCCUUUACGAGCAGCCAGACGAUAGAAUAAUCUCACUGAAUAAACAGGAAACUAAAUCCUUGGGUUCUUGGGACUUGGAUUCAUUUGUGUCCAGUUUCAACCUGGGAAACCCAGUGGCGUCAACCCAACUGAUAACCCAGAACUUUGAAGACUGAAAGAAAGAAAGGCUCGGCUUUGAAAGCUUUCAAAGAGGAACUUCAGCUUAGCAUUUCACCCACUACUAGAAAAAAUUGCUUCACCGCUUUUGCUUGACUGAUACCAAGAAAUGAUGUGAUAAUUCUUUUUUUGUUUGGCUACAAAUGUUUUACAAAAACAAGCAUAACAAGGGAUAACCUCUGUCAGUAUCAUGAUUGCAAUUGAAACCCUAAAAAUUAAAAAUAUUCCAUCAGCAAUAACGGGAACAGCUCAGCCUAAAUAAUAAAUGGGAGAGGAAAAAUCUAUGAUAUUGAGAUAGCUUUAUUUCAUCUCUUUUUAUCAGCACUGAGAAAAGAAAAUAGAUUGCUGUCUCUUUCAGGGAUUUUUGAAUCAAACAGGUCUCCUAUGGUUGAGAAGAUUUUCUCUCAAAACAUUACUACUACUUACUAAGAGUCCCAAGUGAAAUGAGUUUGGGUGUCUUGGUGCACUUCUCAGUUGAUUUAGGUCAAGGCUCAUUCUGAGCAUUUAAUUCUGCUCUAAUCGGUGUGCGUUGGGCAAUAUUACUAUGAUGUAUUGUUAGAUUAGAAAGAAAUCGACAUGUCAUGCGGGUGUUUCGAGGAAAGGGGUUAGGGUGAGACACGUAACAAAACCUGAUUCACUCAAAAUUAAAGCUUGAGGCGUGGCAAGCAGAUUCUUGGCUUUACUGCUUUAGGUUUGAUUGUGCAAUGAAUUUACUCUUUACACUGAGCAAUGUGGACUUCUUAUUUCAUUUGUGUUUUGUCAUGAAUCCUGAGAAGUAUUUGUGGUAACAUAAUUGCAUAAAGACAAAUGGCUAUCACGCAGAAUUGCAGAAUUGUUGCACAGCAAUGCUCUUUUUAUCCAUCUGUGAACCAAGGUGCUUGAUUCUCUUUAACUGUGCGCAGUAUUCCGUUCAUACAUUUUUGAAGAAUACUUCUCUGCACGAGAUAAUUAGGAUGUGGAAUGUUGGAUUCAAGCCAGAUGAUAAAGUCUAAAAAAGGAUCUUUUCUUUGAUAGUAGGUUUAUUCAGAGGAUGCAGCAUUGCAGAUCUGCCCCCUAACUAUCUUGAUCCCCCAGUGUCCCAGCUGAUUCUCCUUAUACGUUUCUCAGCCCUUAAUCAAACAAUGCCCUUAACCAGUGUGUGAACAUUAACAAGGAAGACUAUUCACCCCACCUUAGUUCAUCGAUUGAGAUAGACCCUACAGUUCUCCCAUUGUAAUAUCUAAUUGUGUCUUAAAGCACCACCUCUAAUCUACCUGGAGUUGGAUUCCAUUUGCUGAUCACCCUUUGUGUGAAGGAAGUCCUGAUAUCAAUUCUUGCACAGUUACUCCCACAAUUUAAAGUAAUAGCCUAGAUUUAUCUCUUUCAUUUCCUUGGCUGUGCUGUAGACCUUCAUAAGAUAACCUCCAAGAUGCCCCAUUCCCGGAUAAAAAGUUGACAUUUCGCCAUUCUUGAGCAAGAUUUGCACCUUUAAGUUCUUUUUUCCAGCUAAAAAUUUGCUUCCAUAUGACUCCAGUCACAUGAAUAAACCUGGAUGCUUGAGCCUCAGUGGUGGGUUAUCUCCAGACUCAAUCACGUGAUGGGGGUCUAAACUGUGAUUGCCAGACUGCCUCUUGUUUCUUCUGCCUGUUCAAUAAUUAAAAUUUGAAAGUUUUUUUUUGAGCAAAGUUGGAUUUGAGGCUGUGAAAGAAGUUAGUUCUUUGUUUCACAAAUCAUAAUUGGUUCAUGCGAAGAUUGCUAACUAUUUUGAAUAUUGAGUAACAAUUGAGUGUAAUUUAUUUUCUAAGUUUCAAGAUUUGGGUGCUAAAUUAAGACUGAUGAGUUUUGAAUUGUUCAUUGGCUUGGAUUGAUUUUUAAUAAAGCAACUGAUGUUGACAGGAAAAGCUUUGCCGUCAAUGACUUAACUGGUGUAUCAAAUACUGAGCUGUUGUUAGCUUUACGCUCGUGGUGGAAUUUCAUUUUUACUCAUCUUUUUCUUUCUGUGUCUCUUCCUGCAGUUCAGAAACAAAAAUAAAAUGCUGCUUGAAAAAGCGAAAAA